GUUUUCAACUUUUCCGAUUCUCGUAAUCGGAAGGCCCGAAGGGUCAUGACUCAUGAGUAAAUUUUGUUUAAUACAAUAACCACACACAACCCUCUCUCAGAACAAACCCUAGUUUCCAAAACCCUCCAGUUCCUUCUCUCUCGCUGAUACAAUUCUUGCAAUCCGAUGGCUCCCAAACGCCCAUCUCAUCUUGAGGAUCCCCCAGCUGCUUCUUCCUCUGAAGAAGAAGCUUCGUCCGAAGAAGAAGAAGGAUCGUCUUCGUCUGAAGAAGAAGAAGAAGAAGCUGAAGCAGAAAAAGCCUCUUCUUUACCAUCCACUCCGGUCACUGAAAAAAAGUCCGUUCAGAAAAAGCCAGACCCAGAGCCUCAAUCGUCGUCAUCCGGAUCAGGGUCGGAUUCAGACACGGACUCCGGGGCCACCCCGAACCAGAGCGUGAAGCCCAUCGCAUCCAAGCCCAUGGAAGACUCGGGACCGAAGGCCACCACCAAGCCCAGAUCAAAGCCUGCCUCUUCGGCCGCGAGAUCGUUGGCGGCGACCAAGCGGCCGAGCUCCGAGACCGAUAGCAAGGAUUCGACCAAGCGGGCCAAGAAGAAGGCGCCGGAGCCGAGCGCAGACGGCGUCGUUUCGCCGGACAACACAAAGAAGUCAACCGCCGGAGAUGAGAAAAAGCUCUUCCAGAGGGUGUGGAGUGAGGGCGACGAGAUCGCGAUUCUCAAGGGCAUGCUCGAGUUCGCGGCGAAGAGAGGCGCCGACCCGAUUACCGACGCGGUGGCGUUCCACGAAUUCGUGAAGAAGUCGCUGCACGUGGACGUCACGAAGACGCAGCUGGUGGACAAGAUCCGGAGGCUGAAGAAGAAGUACAAUAAUAUCGCCGAGCGAGCGAAGAAGGGCAAGCUCCUCCCCGUCUCCAAGGCCCACGAGCACAAAGCCUUCGAACUCUCCAGGAAGGUCUGGGGCUCCACCGAAGAGCCCAACGAAGUAAACCCAGUAGUCGAGACCGCUAAACCGAAUGGGAAAUCGCCGAGUAAGAAGAGCAAUCAGAAGGGGAACACCAGCCGGAGCUUGAAAGAGGAAUUGCUUGUGGCUUUGCCGGUUGCGAAGAAGAACGUGGCUGAGAAGAUGGAGAUUGACAAGAAUCAGGGUUCGGGUCCCGUGUCAGGGCGGAGUUUGAAUGGGAUGGUUCGGUUCGAUAAGAGUAUGGGUGUGGUGGGUUUGGAGGAGAGUGUGAUAAUGCGGGGGCUUGAGUUGAUUGGGGAGGAUAAGAGGGCGGAGUUGGAGGAGAGGUGGAGGGAGGUGGAGAUGGCGGAAUUGGAGGUCUUUGUGAAGCGUUCGGAGUUGGUUAGGGACCAGGCGAGGUUGAUAUGGGAAUCGUACAAAAAGGAAGCCAACGACCAUUGACAUUGAUUAGCGUUUUUUGGUAAGGUGUUGGAAUUGGCCGGGAACGCAGCUCGGGACAACAAGAAGACUCGGAUAGUGCCUCGCCACAUCCAACUGGCCGUUAGAAACGACG